AUGCGAAAACCACAUCAGCUUUCAGGUACACAAUCUGGUGUCAAAUAUGGGCAGCAGGAGCCCACCUUAAGACACACUUGUGCAAUAAAAUCAAACUUGACUAUCAACCUGCAUGUUAAUACUGUUAGGUUUGCACUGUUUACGCUGUGUUUAGGGGUUGAAGGAAUAGUUGAGGCCUACAGGUUGUGUCUGCCUCAGGUCAAACUCUACGGUCCAACCAACUUCUCUCCCAUCAAUCACGUGGCCUGCUUUGCUAAACAGGCCCUUCAGCAAACCACUGCAUCGCAAUACUUUGUCCUGCUCAUCAUCACUGAUGGCGUGAUCACAGACAUGGAUGAGACACUCAGCGCCAUCGUCAAUGCCUCCCGUCUUCCCAUGUCCAUCAUCAUUGUCGGAGUAGGAGGGGCCGACUUUGCCGCUAUGGAGUUCUUAGAUGGAGACGAUGGUCGUCUGCGCUCUCAGACGGGAGAAGCAGCCAUGCGAGACAUUGUCCAAUUUGUGCCGUUCAGGAAAUUCCAAAAUGCACCCAUCCAGGCUCUUUCCCAAAGUGUACUGGCCGAGUUACCUCAGCAAGUGGCCUCCUUCUUCAGUUUAUUCAAACUGAAGCCUCCCCACGAUCCCAGUCCUUCAUAGGGGAUUGUCGAGAAGCACUUGCCAAAAGUGUGUUGGCUGAAGUUCCGGGUCAGGUUGUGGAGUUUUUCAGUGCUAUGAAGCUAACUCCAGUCAUCACCAACGCUGUACCAAAUCCUGCAGGGACCAUCUGAAUUUAGGAACAACGCAGAAAAGGACCAGUCGCCAACACAGACCCAUACCACCUCCAGCACAUUAAUUGACUUCUUCAAAGGUGCAGAGUCCAGCUUCACAAAUGCUCUGACUGAGCCUCCUCAACCCUUCUAUUUCAACAACAUGCGAGUGGCCAAGAUUAACUCCACACAGCUGACAAAUCCUUAUAUCCACUUUUAAAAGCACUUAUAUCUAAAUAGCUCUAGUAUUUGCUAAAUAUGAAGGUCUGUGUGACCUCCUUAUUCUUACCUAGAAUUUUAGUACUCUCCGUAUACUUUCAAACAUCAUUUUACUGAAAUUCCUUGUGACGGUAGUAACACUUAUGUUGGAUGAAUAGGUUGAUUAACCCUGAACUAAGUCUAAAAAUGCACAUCUGCUUUUAACUGUAGAACUAAAA